CGCAGAGUGAUGGCCGCUUCCAGGAUUGCCUCCUCGCGAAGGCUGUGUGCCAGGUACAAAUUCUUCUUCUACAUUGCAAUUCUCAUGUUAGGACUUCAGCUGUUUCUCGGAUACAGUUUCUACAGCAGCAUUAACAUCAAAGAUGCCGAACGAUUCGAUGGAAGUGAUCACGGCGACCGAGCACCACGAAAAGUUUCGUUUGACAUCCGUCAAGAUUCACAUGCAGAUUCACAUGGAAAACAACCGGAGCACCGGCCACACCCAGACCAGGACAAGAUGGUCAGUGAGAAUGGAGGGAAAGGACCGCCAGACAAAGGCCAGCUGUUCCCAAACCUUACACUUCCAUCAACUUAUAAGCCAAAGUGUGAAAUUCUUGCAAAGGAAGCCCUGUCUGCUUUAAGUCGAGCUACGACAACAGCAUGUCGCCAACAGAUAGCAGAUAUCUCGUGUCUGACUAUGGAGGGGAAGAUGUAUGCCGACACACUGCCCAGACUGUGUCCACUUAAAGGAAAUGAUACUGGAACCUACUUCGGCUGUUAUAAGGACAAUCUCAAUGACAGAGACUUGACGGGCACAUACAAGGAACUGAGUGAUAACACCCCCAAAAACUGCAUGAACUACUGUCUGAAGGCAGGAUUCCGUUAUGCUGGGGUACAGUACAGCAAGGAGUGCUGGUGCGGCGACAGUUACGGCAAACACGGACACAGCCCGGAGAGUCUGUGUGAAGGGAGGUGCUCAGGGGACAGCUCACAGAGAUGUGGGGGCUACCUGACCAGCAAGAUAUACAGCACCGGUGUCGGAGAGAAGAAACGUUACCAGGCACCUCUAGUGCGAGCAGGAAGUACUGAAGCUGAGAGCACCGUCAGGAUUGUAUUUGUUCUGACAUUAAAUGGGCGGCAAGUACGCCAGGUGGCGCGACUACUCCGCAACAUCUACCACCCCCAGCACUACUACUUCCUGCACAUCGACAAGAGGCAGGAGUUUAUGUAUCGAGAGUUACUUCCCCUGGAAAAGCAGCUGCCCAACAUCUUGGUGACCAGGACAAGGUUCUCCACAAUCUGGGCCGGGGCCAGCCUCCUGCAGGCGCACUUACACUUUAUGAAGCAGCUGCUGGAGACACCCUGGGCCUGGGACUACUACAUAAACCUCAGUGAGAGCGACUACCCCAUCAAGCCAGUGAAGGAUCUGACUGCCUUCCUGUCUCUCUACAAGACCUACAACUUCCUCAAGUCUCACGGGCGUGACACACCUAGGUUCAUACAGAAGCAGGGUUUGGACCAGACCUUCUACGAGUGUGACAACCAUCUCUGGCGUAUCGGACCCAGGAAACUGCCGGGUGGAAUAAGGGUGGAUGGUGGCAGUGACUGGGUGUGCCUGUAUCGCAAGUAUGUCCAGUAUCUGGUCACCACAGAGGAUGAGCUGGUGACAGGCCUCAAACAGCUGUACAAGUACACCCUCCUUCCAGCUGAGUCUUUCUUUCACACGGUUCUGGUGAACAGCGUGUACUGCACCAAGGUGGUGGACAACAACCUCCACCUCACAAACUGGCGCCGCAAACAGGGCUGCAAGUGUCAGUAUAAACACAUCGUUGACUGGUGCGGCUGUUCCCCCAACGACUUCAAGAUCUCUGACCUCGACAGACUCAUGAACUAUGAGCAAAAACCAAUUUUCUUUGCAAGAAAAUUUGAGCCUAUAGUGAACCAGGAGAUAAUCAAUAGUUUAGACGUCUAUUUAUUCGGUAAUUUCCAACAAGACAUGACUGGCUUAACCAGCUACUGGCAAAACGAAUACCAUCAUCUGGACAAGAUAGCCAAGGUCAAGGAUGCCUACCCAACAUUCUACCAGUCAUUUGUGAGGCUGGGAGUUGCAGAACUGUCCCGCCAAUCUGUAUCAUGUACAUAUCGACCUAUGAAAACACUGGAGGCCAAUGUGUUCUAUGAGGCUGACCACUUUCAUGGAAUCCUGGUCCUUCACGAAGUCGAGGAGGUUGCUACAGGCAACAUCAUCACCAUGGAAACACACAUGCAUCCAAAACAUCACUAUUCCAUCCUCCAACCAAAGACAAUCAUAGGAAGACUCCAGACUCUGGAGGUGGGAACAGAUUUUGAUCCCAAAGAACUUUUAUUCCGAAAUUACGGAAAACUUAUCGGCCCCUAUGAUGAUGUGGUAUUGCGUCAUGUUUGGGGAGCUGGGAUUGAGUUUGUGAUCUCAGUGGCAUGGAUUGACCCAGUCAAUGUCAUAGCUGCAUCGUAUGAUGUGAAGGUCCUCAGUAGUGGACACACUGGGUCCCACAAACCGCAGCUGAACCGGCCUCUGCGUCCCGGAAUCUGGCAGGUGAAGCUGAUGUACAACCUGCAGCUCCUGGCGGAGACCUCCUUCCUCGUCAUCCCCCUCACUGUGUAUGACGGACACCCCAUCUCUGCCGCCGAGAUCUACAGAGCUCACAGUGGACCACAAGGCUUCUACGCAUCCAAAGACUUCUCUGAAUUCCGGGAUGUGCUGAACGUUCCUAAGCAUGCUGACCUACAGACUCAGGCAGCAGUGAACGCCAAGAAGGUGGGGAAGGACCUGGAAAACUGGGUGGACAGUUUAGUGCCUUUGUUUUGGCAGGUUCAGAGGUCAUGUACCAUAGAGGAUCUGUCUAACACCUGCCUUGUGUUAGAACAGUGCAAAAAAACAUCAUGGAGUUCAAGAUCACCUGAUCCAAAGUCAGAUCUUUCAAGUGUUGGAGCUAAGUUUGCUCCAGUCAGAUAACAGUAGGGGUGCUUAGGAAGUUAGUCAACUUGUUUCAUUCAACACUAAGUCAUGGUGAUAAAAGGGUACGAUCUGUCUAGAUUCCUCCAUAGAGGGGUGGUGAGAUAGCAUGCCUCACUCACUCACUCACUCACUCACUCACUCACUCCAACCUCACCCACUCACUCCAACACUCACUCACUCACUCCAACACUCACUCACUCACUCACUCACUCACUCCUCUAGUGGAAUCAUGUUGAUCAUCAGGAAGAUAUGGUUCCUUAUUCCUGUGUUUUAGUAAAUGAGCAUCAAAUGUAUUGAAUUGUGGUUUAUGCUGACAAAAUGUUUUUACUUUUGCUAUCAAAUGAUGUUUGACAUUCUGAAAAGUCACUGAUGAGUGAUUGUGCCAAACAAAUUCAGACACGUCUUUUUAUGAUCUUUUAUUAUUUAUAAGACUUUUUAAAAACUUUGGUAUCAAAAUGUUUGUGUCUAAAUAUACAGAAUCUGUGUGGCUCAAGGAGGUCCUUUACUGACCGGAUUAAAAUUAGCUGUGAAUAUGACAGAGUUAACUUCAAGUUGAAACAGAGAACCCCCACCAAGGGAGGUGCUUGGGCAAUCCGACCUGGAUGCUCCUUGUCCAGUAAACAGCGGGCUCACAACAGAAGUGUAGGCAUGGUCUGGUCAGGGGAUCCCCUACUAAGGAAGGUGAUUGGUCUGUACUACACUGUAUUGAUGAUAUGAUGAGUCGACCUGGAUGUCUGGUAAACAGCGGGCUCACAACAAAAGUGUAGUUUUGCUGACUAAGACUAACCUCUUGCUGUGAUAAUGAACCUCUUGUCACCAUGGUUACAGCUGACCAUGAUUACUGGCAGAUAUGGUUACUUCCAUCACUUAUGGGCUGAAAGAUGUCUCCAUGGUUACAAUUGACUUGUUGACUAAAAGAUAUCACCAUGGUUACUGCUCACAUAUUGAUCAACAGAUAUCAAAAUCGUUUCUACCAACAUGUUAAUAGACAUACGUCACCAUGGUUACUGCUAACAUUUUAAUAGACAUAAGUCACCAUAGUUACUGGCUGACAGAUAUCACAAGUUUUACUGCUGACACAUAUUGAUGGAUAUCACCAUGGUUACAACUGAUACAUAUCUCAUAUUGUUUCUGCAAUGUGCAGCUUGUUUGUGUGAAUGUGAUACAAUGAACUGUUGUGUGGCCACGUGUAUGUAAGCAGUGUCUGAUUGUGUGUACAUACCACUGCAGCCAUGACUGGCUAGCUAGUUGCUGCACUGUGCUGGACCUCUGUCAUGUAUGUAGAAGUGCUACUCACCUGUCUCCACCUGUAUGUGUCCCGUGUUUAUCAAGUCCCAAGUGCCUCUCUACUAUGUGAAUUGGUUGUCGUAAAUAGCAUUUCUUUCGAUACUGAAAUUAAGAAAAUAAUAUGAGUUGUCCACAUCCCAUGGAAGUGGUUUAGACAUUUCAGGUGAGUGGAAGAUCUGUUAAUACCAUCACUUACUUUGAUGCAGGACUUGGAAUAUCCUGUAGAACUACUUCCUCGUUGACAUAUCUACGUCAACCAAUUCUUGCUCUGAAGUGCCCCAUGUAUAUUAACUAUAAAUAUAUGUAUAUAGUAGACUGACAUGCCCCAUGUCUUGUCACAGGGGAUCUGUUCACUAUUAGCUGCCUCCUGUCUUGUCACAGGGGAUCUGUUCACUAUUGGCUGCCUUCUGUCUUGUCACAGAGGAUCUGUUCACUAUGAGCUGCCUUCUGUCUUGUCACAGAGCAUCUGUUCACUAUGAGCUACCUUCUGUCUUGUC